AUGCUCUUCACCGCCUGCUUUCUCUUGCUCCUCAGCUUCCCCCCCGCCACCGCGACGGAUUGGUGGGACGACUUCUCCAAUAAUUUCGCGACGAAUCUUGCCCCUCUUCUCUCGCUCUUCGGCGAGCAGGUCACCAAGCGAUUCCUCAGCGAAAGCAUUUAUUUCGUGGAUUACAUUAUCUUCGCGAUGGCUCCAAUGGGAAUACUGACGGCUGUUGUUUCUGUUAUUCGCACUUGUGGUAGACCAUCGCUGCGCGCCUUCAUUGGCAGAGCACAGGAAGGGAAGGGAAUCACCGAGGCUGAACUGUGCUCCUCCACAAGUCAGGAUGUUUGCGAGCUCUACAACAAUGGUGGAACUGCGUGCGUCUUCGGGCGUCUAAAGAUACUCAAGGUUGUAUUUGACCCUGAAGAUGCAGAUUUCCAGAAGGAAGCUGGGAUCUACACAAUCAGGAACUACUUGAAGACUGAAAAGAGUGUAUGGGUGGAGCAGUCUGGUGUCUCUGUCAGAUCCACCACCGACGUGGAGACUAAUCCGCCAAAGGAGUCUGCAAAUGUGGACAGUGACAUUGAUUUGCUCGCCCCAAACCUUUCUCUCAAUAUCGGAAUCAAACGACAGCCUACACACGUUUCCUGGAUAUUCGUCGGGAUGGGAUUUUUCAUGCAGAGCGGUGUGAUGGUGUUUGCUGGCAUUGCGACAUACUACCUGAAGUGGAAAAAGGAUGACAAGCCCCCGAACAGCUAUUCGUGCCCUAUGAUGUUCGCUGGUACAAUUCUCUUGGGAAUUGGGACAUUCUACUGUGCAUUUAUCAUUGGCGAGAGCACAGACGAACAGGUCUUGAUGGAAAGGGACCCGCCCAGGAGCAAAGAUAAGAGAAGUGCAAUCAUGAUUUGGGUGUAG